AAAAAAAAAAGUUUUAUGGGCGGAUGGAAGGGGCUGGGACCACGGCGAGGAAGGGAAGGGCUGGAGCUGCGGCGGCGGGCGGCCGAGAGGGGCGGCGGCGGCGGCCCCGCCGCGCCGGACCGUCGCCAUGACGCCCGAUCUGCUUAACUUCAAGAAGGGAUGGAUGUCAAUCUUGGACGAGCCAGGAGAGUGGAAGAAGCACUGGUUCGUGCUGACGGAUUCAAGCCUCAAGUAUUACAGAGACUCCACCGCUGAGGAGGCAGAUGAGCUGGACGGCGAGAUCGACCUGCGGUCUUGCACGGACGUCACAGAGUAUGCGGUGCAGCGCAACUAUGGCUUCCAGAUCCACACCAAGGAUGCUGUCUAUACCUUGUCGGCCAUGACCUCUGGCAUCCGGCGGAACUGGAUCGAGGCCCUGAGGAAGACUGUGCGUCCAACUUCAGCCCCUGAUGUCACCAAGCUCUCGGACUGCAACAAGGAGAACACGCCGCACGGCUUCGGCCCCCAGACGGGAUCACUGAAGGCGGGGGAGCAGCGGGCCGGCUCUGAGGUCAGCGGGCGCGGUGGCCCCCGCAAGACGGAUGGGCCCCGGCAGGCCCUGGACUAUGUGGAGCUCUCGCCCUUAACCCAGGGCGGCCCACAGCGGGCCCGAACCGCAGCCAAGCAGGAGGAGCUGGAGCGGGACCUGGCCCAGCGCUCCGAGGAGCGGCGCAAGUGGUUCGAGGCCACAGACAGCCGGGCCCCGGAGACACCCUCCGGCGAGGCGCCGCGCCGGGGCCUGGGCGCCCCCCUGACCGAGGACCAGCAGAGCCGGCUCAGCGAGGAGAUUGAGAAGAAGUGGCAGGAGCUGGAGAAGCUGCCCCUGCGGGACAACAAACGGGUGCCGCUCACCGCCCUGCUCAACCAAAGCCGCAGUGAGCGCCGAGCACCCCCGAGUGACAGCCAUGAGGCCCUGGAGAAGGAGGUGCAGUCUCUUCGUGCCCAGCUGGAGGCAUGGCGAGUCCGAGGGGAGGCUCCACAGAGCACACCCAGGCCCCGGGAGGACAGCCACGUCCCUCCGGGCUACAUCUCACAGGAGGCCUGUGAGCGCGGCCUGGCAGAGAUGGAGUCCUCGCACCAGCAGGCAAUGGAGCAGCUGCAGCGACACCAUGAACGUGAGCUACAGCGGCUGCAGCAGGAAAAGGAACAGCUGCUGGCCGAGGAGACGGCAGCCACAGCCUCAGCCAUUGAGGCCAUGAAGAAGGCCUACCAGGAGGAGCUGAGCCGGGAGCUGAGCAAAACCCGGAGUCUCCAGCAGGGCCCUGACGGCCUCCGGAGGCAGCACCAGUCCGACGUGGAAGCACUAAAGCGGGAGCUGCAGGUACUGUCCGAGCAGUACUCACAGAAGUGCCUAGAGAUCGGGACACUGACGCGGCAGGCUGAGGAGCGGGAGCACAAGCUGCGGCGCUGCCAGCAGGAGGGCCAGGAGCUGCUGCGCCACAACCAGGAGCUGCACGCCCGCCUCUCGGAGGAGAUUGACCGGCUGCGCAGCUUCGUGGCCUCCAAGGGCACCAGCAACAGCUGUGGGCGGGGCGGCGAGCGGAGCUCCUGUGAGCUGGAGGUGCUGCUACGGGUGAAGGAGAAUGAACUCCAGUACCUGAAGAAGGAAGUGCAGUGCCUCCGGGACGAGCUCCAGACUAUGCAGAAGGACAAGCGCUUCACCUCCGGAAAGUACCAGGAUGUGUAUGUGGAGCUCAACCACAUCAAGACAAGGUCUGAGCAGGAGAUCGAGCAGCUGAAGGAGCACCUGCGGCUCGCCAUGGCCGCCCUGCAGGAGAAGGAGGCCAUGCGCAACAGCCUGGCGGAAUAGAGGUGGGAGCUACAGACACCACAAGGCCUGGACCCACCCACACCCAUCUCGCAGUGGCUUCUGGUGCUGUGUAGCAUUGCACUGGGAGGAGCAGCCCAGGCAGGCCGCAGGGAGGGACCUGGUCACCCCCUUAAUGGGGGACCUCCCCAGGCCUCAGCAUCUACCCUCGUCUCCCAGGUCCUCCUGGUCCAGCCAGCUGCACAACCCCUGCCCAAGGAGACCAGCGGCCUCCUUCCCUGACGGAAGUCAAACGCCAAUCUUCCUCCCCUCCUCCUAUGGGCCACGGGCAUGUGCACACCUGCAGCACACACACACAAACAGGUGCACACAAGCAUACACGUGUACACACACAUACACAAAUACACACAAACAGCAUAUCUGAGCGUGCCCCUCGCACUGGGUCUUACCUUGCACCUUCUUCAGGAUUUUAUAUGUGAAGAAAUUUUUAUAUAGACUUUUUUUCCCCCAAACACUUUAUACUUUUUGAAAAAGCAAACCCUGGUGGCGUGUGCUUCCACCCUGGCUCCACCCUGUCUCUGUCUCCUGCUUGGGCUUCUGGGCCGUGGCCCCGGCGGUGGAUGCUGCCCAGGAGGGUCGGGAAGCCAGCCCCCUUCCCACCCUACGUCCUACUAACGACCUCCUGCCCAGGGUGGACCCACACCCUGGGGCUCUGGACAGAGGGGCAGAGGAACAGAGGGAGCCAGCAGCCCCACAUCCGCCUCUGAGGGCGCUGGGCAUGGAACCGCUGGCGUCACCCAUGAAAGCGCCUCUCCCCUCCUCCACAAACCUUCUUAACUUAAUAAAACGUUCCUGCGGCUCGCAUGUCCUGGGUGGCCAGGCAGGGCAGAA